AUGGAGGAUUGCAAAACCACGACUACUCCGAUUGAAAUCAACUUAAAUCUGGAGCCUAACAAGAAAGGAGGAGAGGAUAUUUUACCCUAUAGAAAGCUAAUAGGAACAUUAAUGUAUAUCUCUGUCGCUACACGACCCGACAUAACGUAUGCGGUUAAUUAUCUAUCAAGAUUCAACGAUAGUUUUGGACCGGAACAUUUUAGAUCGGCCAAGCGAGUGCUACGAUACUUGAAAGGCACGACUAACGUCGGCCUGACUUACACUAAGUCACAGAAGCCAUUGGAUGGCAUGGCGGAUGCCGACUGGGGCGCUUGCAAAUUGGACCGAAAGUCCUGCUCUGGUUAUACUUUCAAAUACGCCGGGGCAGCGAUCAGUUGGGCAUCCAAGAAACAAAGAAGCGUGGCCCUUUCAACAGCAGAAUUGGAGUACACCGCUCUGACAGAAGCUGCGAAGGAAGCAGUUCACCUAAGAUCGCUGUUUAGAGAUUUGGGCAUUGAUUUCGGACAGAUAACAAUUUGGAGCGACAAUCAAGCCGCCAUAAAAUUGGGACACAACCCUAUAGUAUCUUCCAAAUCGAAGCAUAUAGAUCUGAAAGUACACUACAUCAGAGAUUGUGUAAAAGAAGGUGUACUAAAGAUCGAGUACAAGUGUACGGAAGAGAUGGAGGCUGACCUUUUGACAAAGGCACUACCAGGGCCCAGACUCGCUAUGCUUAGAGGCAAACUGGGCGUGCUGCAGUAG